AUGGGAAAGUCCUUACUGCCUUUUACUAUAUUCUUUCAACUGCUAAUGGUAGAAGUUCAAGCCAUUAGAGGAUCAUACAAACCACCAGAUAGUAAUGUGAAACUUUUUGUAUUUGGAGACUCCUAUGUUGAUACUGGGAAUGCUCCAAAACUCUCUACUGACUCAUGGAGAAAACCAUAUGGAGUAAGUUAUCCUGGUAAACCGACUGGCCGAUUCGCUGUCGGUUGCAUCUUGACCGAUUAUAUAGGUGUUUUCAGCACAAUGAUCCCAUUACCAAACAUGACUACCCAAAUCAAUUAUUUUCAACAACUUGUUGAAAAGAAAGUUCACAACCAAAAUGAUCUUGAUUCCUCCAUUGCUUUGAUAUCCUUGGCUGGCAAUAACUAUUUUGCUUAUUUGAGGAAAAAGGGAAGUAAAAAGGGUACUAUAAAGGUCAGUCUUUAA